AUGGGAACUGAUAAGCAUCGCAGCCCCUCGCAAAAUAUUAUCGGCCUCAUUUCCCCCACCAAUUGUCCACGCGCCACUCCCGGCUUCAAGGUCAUGGAUCCUACCAAGCCCACCGAGAUCCCCGAGCGGCCCAAGGAGGCCACGCCUGUCGAGCCCGCCGCGACUGGCGAGCCAAAACAGUCUAAGGCUGCUGCGAAGAAGGAGGCGAAGAAGGCCGCAAAGCAACUAGCCAAAAAAGAGGCUGGCCCCAAGGCUCCCAAGGAGAACAAGCCUAAAGCCCCCAAAGAGGCGAAAGAAGUUUCAGAGCCCCGCGAUCCCUUGGCCAUGUUCAAGGUUGGCUUCCUAAACGAUGUCUACAACGAGCGACCUAUCUCCGAAACCGUACCCAAGAUUCGCACCCGUUUCCCGCCCGAGCCCAACGGAUUCCUCCACAUCGGACACAGCAAGGCCAUUGCAGUCAACUUCGGUUUCGCCAAGUAUCAUGGUGGCGAGUGUAUCCUACGUUUCGAUGACACAAAUCCUGAAGGCGAGGAGGAGCGCUACUAUGAUGCUAUUCGUGACAUCGUGUCCUGGCUCGGAUUCAAGCCUGUGCGGGAAACCCAUGCCAGUGACAAUUUUGACCGCCUUUAUGAGCUCUCUGAGGAACUCAUCAAGCGUGAUGGCGCUUACGUCUGCCACUGUACUCAGGCUGAAGUCCGAGCCCAGCGCGGUGAAACCGCGCCCGGCCAGCGUGGCGGCCAACGCUUUGCUUGCAGCCACCGUACACGACCCAUUGAGGAAUCUCUGGCGGAGUUCCGUGCCAUGCGCGACGGCAAGUACAACGCUGGUGAAGCGGCUUUGCGCUUGAAGCAGGACAUCGAGGACCCUAAUCCGCAGAUGUGGGAUCUGUUCGCGUGGCGCAUUCCGGAGGGCGGCAAACCGCAUAUUCGUGCUUCGAAAUAUCGUAUGUUCCCUACCUAUGAUAUGGCGCACGGUGUUUGUGAUAGUAUCGAAGGAAUCACCCACUCUCUAUGCACAACGGAGUUUGAGCUCUCGCGUGUCUCGUACGAGUGGCUCAACAACAAGCUCGACAUCUACCGGCCUAUGCAACGCGAAUAUGGUCGUCUGAACAUUACCGGUACUGUUCUCUCCAAGCGCAAGAUCAUCAAGCUGGUUAAGGAGGGUCAUGUUCGUGAUUGGGAUGAUCCCCGCCUCUAUACCCUUAUUGCCCUGCGUCGCCGUGGUGUUCCCCCUGGCGCCAUUCUUUCUUUUGUCAAUGAACUCGGCGUGACCAAGGCCGUCACCAACGUGCAGAUGCAGAAGUUUGACCAAAGCGUGCGCACUUUCCUCGAAACCACCGUCCCUCGCCUCAUGGUUGUCACCGAACCUCUCAAGGUCGUGAUCGACGACCUGCCCGACGACCACGAGGAGAUGUGCGAAGUACCAUUCUCCAAGGAAACCUCCUUUGGCACCCACACUGUUCCCUUCACCAAGACCGUCUACAUCGAGCGCUCUGAUUUCCGCGAGGUUGACUCUGCCGACUAUUUCCGUCUCGCCCCCGGCAAGACCGUCGGCCUGUUGAAGGUCCCCUAUCCAAUUACUGCGACAUCCUUCGAGAAGGACUCGAACGGCGUCAUCACCUGUGUACGUGCCAAGUAUGAAAAGCCCGCCGAAGGCGAGAAGCCCAUCCGCCCGAAAACCUUCAUCCACUGGGUGGCCGAGUCGCCCAAGCAUGGCAGCCCCAUCCGCGCCGAGAUCCGCGCCUUCGAUCGACUCUUCAAGUCGGACGACCCCUCCGCGCAUCCAGACGGCUUCCUGGCGGACAUCAACCCGGAUUCGGAGCAAAUCUUCCACGGUGCAAUGAUCGAGACCGGUUUCAACGAGAUCAGCCGCUCAGCGCCCUGGCCCAAGGAGGCGGCUGAGGCUGGUGAUCUCGAGGCCAACAAACACUCGAUCCGCUUCCAGGGUAUGCGUAUUGCGUACUUCGCUGUCGACCGGGAGUCGACUGCCGAUAAGAUCGUGCUUAACCGCAUUGUCACUCUUAAGGAUACCCAGGGUAAGAACUAA